AUGGCAGAACAAAGAGAGCCAGCAUGGGCGUACGCGCUGAAUGGAUUGCUGAUUGUGCUGAGUUUUGUGAUUGAUGUCAUUACUUACAUUCCGUGGAAAUUGUCGAUGCUUGGAUCGCAAUAUUCCAGAUCCCAGAGCGGUCCAAAAUCCGUCUCCACCACCGGCUCACCUGCCGGUCCGUACAUUUCAACCCAAAAUGGCGGGCAAUUGAUGAAAAGCUGCUAUGGAAAUACUCAAACUAUGGAUGCUGCCUUUGAGCGAGCCUGCAAACUCUUCAAAGACCAGCGAGCUUUGGGCACGCGAGAACUUCUUUCGGAAACUGAUGAAAAGCAGCCGAAUGGAAAAGUGUUCAAAAAGGCUGUUUUUGGCAAGUAUCAGUGGUUGACGUAUGGAGAGAUGUUUGAAACGGUCGACAAGCUUGCCAGGGGCUUUUCUGAGCUUGGAAUCAAGCGAGUCUGUUUGUACAUGGAGACACGAGCAGAAUGGAUGAUGACCGCGCACGCAUGCUUCAGACAUAAUAUCAAGAUUGUGACCGUUUAUUCGACUCUUGGAGAAGUUGCUGUUUCGCAGGCUUUGAAUGAGGCGGAAGUUGAAGUUGUCAUCACUUCGGCUAGUUUACUUGAGUCGAAACUUAUUAAUAUCGCAAAAAACAUCCCAACACUGAAAACCGUCGUCUACGCUCCUCAUGAAUUCCGACAUCAGAAAGUCAAAACCGAAUCCCUACCAAGUUCCAUCAAUCCCCGAGCUUUUGAUGAAGUCUGUGCAAUCGGAGCAAAAUCAAAAAUCACAGAGAAUCCGAAUGAGCCUAUUACUCCUGAUACAAUAGCCGUUAUUAUGUACACUUCUGGAACGACCGGAAAACCGAAAGGUGUCAUGCUUUCGCAAGGAAACGUGCUCGGAUCGGCCAGUGCCAUGUUCACUAGAAUCACUUCUUUCGACAAUCCCAUGACUUCAGAAGAUAUUUGGCUUGCAUACCUGCCACUUGCUCAUAUUCUUGAGCUUUCCGCUGAAAACGCCGUUCUCCUUGCCGGUAUCCCUGUUGGCUUUGGCUCCACUUUAACAAUUUCUGACCGAUCUUCCAGAAUCAAGGCAGGUUCGAAGGGUGAUGCAUCUGAAUUGAGACCGACCAUCAUGCCAGCUGUCCCUGAAAUUUCCGAGCGAAUUCGAAAAGCGGUGAUGGCGAAUGUUUCCGAAAUGAAUCCCUUCAGAAGAACCUUGUUCAAUUUUGCCUACAAAUAUAAGCUCAGACACAAGAAAAACAAUAUGCCGACCCCAUUUUGGGACCGACUCAUCUUCUCGAAAACGAAAAAUCUUCUUGGCGGUCGGCUCCGAGUCUUCAUUUCCGGCGGUGCUCCUCUCGAUGUCAAGACCCAGCGAUUCAUCAAUAUUUGUUUGUGUACUGACGUUACAGCUGGAUAUGGUCUGACAGAAACAUCCGCUGGUGGAAGCCUCCAAGAUAUGUUCGAUAAUCGAUGCGGCAAUGUGGGUCAUAUUCUCGACAGCUCAAUGAUCAAACUGGUUGAUUGGAAAGAAGGCAACUACUCGGUCAAUGACAAGCCCUUCCCAAGAGGCGAAAUUCUUGUUGGAGGAAACAAUGUCGCACAUGGAUACUACCAGAUGCCCGAGAAGACGAAGGAAGAAUUUUCGAUAGAUGAAAACGGAGUCCGAUGGUUCAAAACUGGAGAUAUUGGACAGAUGGACAACAACGGAAAUCUCUCCAUUAUCGAUCGAAAGAAAGACUUGGUGAAGUUGAGACAUGGAGAAUACUUGGCGCUCGGAAAGAUCGAAGCUAUUUUGAAAACCAGCUCAGUUUGUGAAAAUCUCUGCGUGUUUGCCAAUCAAGAUCAGCUCACUUGCGUUGCUGUAGCAGUAGUGAACAAAACCGAAAUCCUCAAAAUCGCUGCCGAACUAAACAUUCCUGGCGAGUUUGAAGCUCUACUGAAAAAUAAUGAAAUCAACAAAGCUGUGUAUGAAGACUUCCUGAAAAUCGCCAAAAUCGGAAAACUGACAAAACAAGAAAUUCCCUCAAAGAUUUACCUCGAAAAAGAGCCCUGGACGCCGGAAUCGGGAUUGAUUACUGACGCCCUGAAGCUCAAACGAACGGUACUAAAUGCCCACUACGAAAAAGUUGUGAAUCAACUUUACACGAAAUAA